UUUUGCUUUCACAGUAUAGCUUUCCUAUUUUGGAAACCCCUCUUCACUCCCUUUUUGCUCUUUUCUCUCUUCUCUCUCUGUGUUAGUGAGUCAGAGUUACUACUCAGUACUCACCACUACUUACUAACUAGACUAGACUCAUCCCUUUGGCUUUACUAUUUAGCUUUCAUGACUAGCUAGUUAGUUUCUCUCCUAUCUAUUAAUAUUGGUGGUGUUUGGAAAGUUAAGGAAGAUAGUGAAAAUCCAUUGAUCUCUCAGAGAAAUCAUGGGUCGUGGGAAGAUUGAGAUUAAGUUGAUUGAGAACCCAACUAACAGGCAAGUCACCUACUCCAAGCGAAGAAAUGGUAUCUUCAAGAAAGCUCAUGAACUCAGUGUUCUCUGUGAUGCUAAGGUUUCCCUCAUCAUGUUCUCCAAAAACAACAAGAUGCAUGAAUACAUCAGCCCUGGCCUUACGACAAAGAGGAUUAUUGAUCAGUAUCAGAAGACUUUGGGGGAUAUCGAUCUGUGGCGUUCCCACUAUGAGAAAAUGCUUGAAAACUUGAAGAAACUGAAGGAGAUUAACAAUAAGCUCAGGAGACAGAUCAGGCACAGGUUAGGUGAGGGUUUGGAUAUGGAUGAUCUGAGCUUCCAGCAGCUGCGCAAACUUGAAGAGGACAUGGUUUCUUCCAUAGGGAAAAUACGCGAACGCAAGUUCCAUGUGAUCAAAACUAGGACUGAUACCUGUAGGAAGAAGGUUAGAAGCUUGGAGCAGAUGAAUGGAAAUCUCCUGCUUGAACUUAAGGAAAAGUGUGUGAUCCAUCCACAAUUUGUUUUGCACGAUGAAGGAGACCCGGAAUCAGCAGUUGCACUGGCCAACGGUGCCUCCAACCUGUAUGCAUUCUGUCAACACCAUACUCAUGUGAAUCUUCCUCCUCACCAUCACCAUGUCCAUGGAGAAGAUGAUCUGCGCCUUGCUUGACUCAUUAAAUUUGCUUCAAUUAGACAUUUUGUAAAUUAACCACUAUUAGCAAGCAGUACUUAUUAUUUAAGCUUUUUGUACUAUCAUCCUAUCCUAUUGCUGGACCUAUUAAACCCAAAGUUGGACUUGGUUGGUCCCAUCCUCUUUAUCUAGGUACUGAAUUAGCUAGCUUAUGGGGUUUGGCAAUUGUGUGCUCAGAAAAACAGAAUCAUGAGUGUAUUCUAGUUGUUAUUAUUAUCAUAAGUUUAUGUUGAAUGAAUAUGUUAUAUUAACUUU